AUAUGUAUAUAUAUAAGCGUCACGAGGCCAAUUCCAUUGGCGUCCAUCAACGUCUCAGGGGCACUGUUUCGAAUCGUUCGGCCUUUUCUCUCUCUAAAACAAUCUCUCUCUCUGCGCGGCUCUCUUGAGCCACUGCAGACAAUUCUCGGAGUUGUCUAAGAGACAUCGCAGAGAGAGAUCGAGCAUUUUGUUAGGUCGCUAACAAAGAGAGAAAUUAACUAUCGAAAAAGAAAUGGCAGUUUCUAGGGUUUGUGUUGGUGUCAUUGCCAGCUUAACACUCAUUUUCGCUAUUGUUUUGCCCGGCGUUCGAGCUCAAUCUCCUUCUCCGGCGCCGGCGCCGGCGCCAACCAGUGACGGGACAGCGAUUGACCAGGGGAUUGCAUAUGUGCUGAUGUUGCUGGCUCUGGUCCUCACAUACCUCAUUCAUACCUUGGAUGCUCCAUUUUAACUUCCGAGGCGUUGAUUGACGAAAGAGAUAUUAUUAUUAUAUACAAGGAUGGGAUUGGGAAGGUGUCUCUCGGAUAAGUUUUGUUUUGAGCAGACUAGACGGGUGGUGUGCCUCGGCCAUGUAAUGGACAGUAGUGUUCUAACUUGACAUAUUGUUGGAAUUUUGUGGUUAUUGUUUAUGUGUGGAUCAUAUUUUUGUUGGUUUGACUCA